AUGCUCUAUCAACCAUACUUUGAGCGCGCAACGAAUUUAAACGAAACACAACGUUUGAUCAUCGAUAUGAAGAAUCUUACUACCACGCAUUUCAGUCAAUUCGAGGCUUGGCGCCAGAAUUUCGAAAACAAUAACCCAACCGUGAUCUACGUGAAGGCUAAAAAUGAACGUCAAUACUCGGUUGAACCAAGCCCAGAAUCACCUUCAGACAUCACGCGAACAGGCAAACAAAACCAGACCACAAACUUCGAAGAGAGCUACAGUUCCACAACUACCAGCUGUUCGCAAACAGAGCAGUACAACACCGAUAUCAUCGUUAUACCAUCGCAGGCCUCUCAAGAUGUCGACUCCAUAGAAAGUGAAGAUUUCAGCGAAACUAUAAUCAAAGACGGAAAUGCAACAGAUGAUGGCACUUUCUCGCAAUCUGAAUAUUUCGCGGCUUCGACCGAUAGCGAAACUUUCACAUACUCUACCUCUAUUCAAGAUAGCGAGGAGUUAAAGAUUGGCCCCAAUGCAGAAGCUUUCAUUGAUAGCGCUGUUACAAUUGCAAACUGUGUACUCGCUGGAAAUGAUCGCUUCAAAUUCUGCGUGAGGACGUUGAUCAUACACGACGUCGGGCCGCCAGUUCUUAUUCUCGAGGAACCUUGUCAAGGCAGCGUUUGUAGGCAUACAAGGGUCUGUACUCGCGGCGGUCUUUCAGUUGAGCAGCAAACGCCAUGUUUUCUUCAAGUUUUAUUGCAAGGAAAUCAGAUAUCAGAUGCACCGGAGGCACCGGAGGCUCUUGGCACCAGCAGCUCAAACGAACAAUAUCUCUCCGUCUUUGCCACGACACACUGUGACAAGACUCAAAAUAGAAAUGCCACAUUGAUCUUGCACCAGUAUGGGCGCUUUCAACAGUAUGCAAUACCGGCUUCUUUCGUCGCUGAUGUCUUCAUGGCAAACGCGGGCGAGCAAGCGGAAGAUGGGGAGGAAAGCGAUUGUUCCGAGACUUCAUCAGACGGGGGUACAGAUUUAGAUAUUGUGAGGCAAGAAGGAGGGAGUGGCAUGCAGCCCAGAGAGCUUAGUGUGGCUGAAAAACUCCCUUUUAGCAAACCUCCGUGUCUGUUUUGCAAGGAGGAUGCCCUUCGGCCUCGGCUGAGCGCUGGAGGUGCUCAGGCACUCUUACUAGUGCAAAACAACUCAUUUGGAUACACAUGUGAACGGUGUAAUGACAGAACUUGA